CGAGCCUGGCCCGCCCCGGCAAAGGCGCGCGCUCGGCCGCGGCCCUGGGCCUGGGGCACGGGGAGUGCAGGCCCCGGCGGCCGGCGCUGGGAUGUCGGGGAGGUCGAAGGUGGUGCUGGGCCUCUCGGUGGUGCUGACGGCGGCCACCGUGGCGGGCGUGCAUAUGAAGCAGCGGCAGGACCAGCAGAGGUUACUGCCGGGCCCCCGUGCGCCACGCUCCGCCCCGGGCGCGUCGGGAAACAGAGAUGAAGACGCGCAGCUGCUCCGGGGACGGAAGGCCGAGCUCGAGCAGGGGCAGCCGGGGGUGUGUGUUUGUGUGGGGAGGGGUGCGGUGGAGCCCGGUUGGCCCGGGGUGGACGCAGGCCGCUGGGUGAGUCACUGUAAACAGGCUUGUCUGCGUGGGACCGCGCCGGGUGCUCGGGGUGCAGAGAUGCAGCAGGCGCUGUACUAAGCACUUUACAUACAUCAGCCUCGAUCCUCACAGGAGCCCAGCAAAACCAGCAGUGAGUACUACACGAGGAGCCGCGUUCUAGGUGUUAGAGUUGUGAUGGUGAAGAGGUCUCGGUGCUUAGUAAGGUAGUCAAGUGGAAGUCGCAGGAGGGAUGUGCGAGGCAGUCGGCACAGACUUUGAAACCUGGAGGAAACUAGCGAAUGCUGGAUGGAGAACAAGAUCCCAAGCCCAGUGCUAAAGUCCCUGAGAAAGGAGGGGAGGACCUCAGAGCAGAGGCUUCGUGACGGAGUGAUCAGAGACAUUGAGAGGCAAAAUCGGAAAAAAGAAAAUAUUCGUCUUUUGGGAGAAC